AUGGACUACACAAUCGUGCUGAAGAUUAUCCUAGUGUUAUUUUUUUGCUAUUCAACAUGGGCCCUGGAUGUGGGGAUUGAUGUGGAUGCGGCGCCAAAGGUGGAUGUGAGGCUGUCGUUGGGCUGGAUCCGGGGCUACGAAUUCAAGUCCAAGGAGGGAACCGCCAACGUGUUUAAGGUAGGCGAGGCGCAGAUUUUCACCGUGAAAUAUUAUAAUUUUGAGCUGCAGUGCAAUAAUAAUAAGGUUUUUGCACUUUUUCGACUUAUCUGCACUUUAAGUGCAAAAAUAAAAAAUCUUCCAAGCCUCUGUCAUUAUGGGCAUCAUUGUGGAUAUACAUGCCAAAUUUCAAAUUUCUCCGUUGCUCCUGUCUGCCGGAAUGUCGAAAUCAUUACGAAGCUUCGACAACUUCCCUUGUAAAGUCAUCGUUUUUUCAGCGAGUCCCAUACAUUUCCCCGCCCAUCGGAGACCUGCGCUUCCACAGCCCAGUUCCAGCCAAGUCCUGGGAAGGGAUCCUGGAUGCCACACAGCCCGCCUUGGCGUGUCCACAGAACACAACGGACAUGGACAAGUAUACGUGGGCCGCCGUGAAAGAUCAGAGCGAGGACUGUGUGUAUUUGAAUAUCUAUGCGGACAACCGUUGCAAUGUGAGUGAAAAAAUGAAUCGAAUUGAAUUUUGGUGCACCUACCGUAAUUUUGGAUGAUUUCUAACCGCUUUUACGCAUCAUCUAGGCGACAAACCCUUGUCCAGUUCUUUUUUAUCUUCAUGGCGGCGGCAACACCUUCGACGGUCCCAGGAUGUUCAACGACUCUUUGAUUGUCGAGAACUUUGCGUCGCAUGGAGUGGUUUGGGUGUUGCCCUCAUUUCGCCUCGGGAUUCUUGGCUGGAUGGACAUUGGCGAGAGCACCGUUGAUGCACCUUAUAAUGCGGGAAUGCUGGGUAUGUAUCGGUCUGUCGGGAAAAUAAUGAGCUCUCUUUCGCAUCGAAAAUCACGUUGACGGCGAGAAAAUGAACUGUGUCGCGGCAAAGUCGAAUUGAUUUUCACUUCAGCGAUCGGCGCAGCCACAUUACCCUCAUAAUUUUCCCGACAGACUGAAAAUAGUAAAAAGAAUUAUGCAAUUGUUUGUCGCCGCGACGCAAUUGAAAAACGCGUACAUCGACAAGCAAAAAGUCUACGUACUUUUGAAAAACCGUAGUAUCAGUCUGUCGGGAAAAUAGUGUGGAUUCGUCGCGCCUUGGAACCGCCCAGCAUCGGUUUUGCGCCCGUUAGCCGCGGCUGGAGAUUUGGUGCGCGACUGCGACAAGGCAAGACAUUCUGCUAUCCGCAUUAUUUUCCCGACAGACUGACAGAUAAACUUGCAAAGACUCAACUACAUAAAAAAUUUCUGGCUUAUGAAAUUUCCACUUUCAGAUUUGAUCGCGGCCCUUCGCUGGACCCAACAAGAAAUCUCCGCUUUUGGAGGAAACAACCGCGAUAUUGUGUUGCUGGGCCAUAGUUCUGGGGCCCACCUGGCCUCGUUGGUCUUGUCCAGCCCCGCAGUGGAGGCGAACGCAUUUAGUCGGGCAUUUAUUUUGAGUCCGGCCGGGCGAUUUUUGGAUCAUAUUGACCGGCCAAGAAGCACAUUCAUCGCCGAAAAAGUGGGCGUAAGUUGAGGAUGCGGUGGUAUGCAAGUAGCCGACAAUUCCGAAUUUUAUUUGAUUAAGAUUUCAGUGCAUUUUCGACGACAACCUGGAGUACCUCAACUUUACACAACGCGUCUCCUGCUUGCGUUCCAAGCCUUACCAAGAGCUUAUAAAUUCCGCCCAACCCAUGCAAGACAAACGGCCGGACGACAUCGUUGCACCACAGGUCGAUGGGUACAGCAUGACUCAACGGACUCUCUAUGAUCUGGCGCAACAGUGGCGGGCAAGUUGUUGCUUAUUUAUCGACAAAAAGUCUUGUUCAGCCAAUCAAAGUGUUCUUGGGAGUGAUGUCCUACGAAGGGGAUUUCGACGUCGGAUACUUCGACAAAGACGUCUGUUACACCUUCAUGCCUUACGUUUGUCCCGGACGUUUGGCGGAGUGUGAGUUGAAGUGUCGCGAAGUGUUCGGAGGGCCCCACAAAAUCCCGAUCGGAGGGACGUUUAUUCAGGCAUACACCUGGCUCGUUGGGCACAUCAACACGAACAAGGGCGGAGAGUCGUAUUAUCAGGUGUUCGAUCAGUAUCACGCCGACGUUCAUGCCGACGAUCUGGCGUUUGCGCUCGGCUUGCAUGCGAAGAGAAAGUUUCAUGCCAGGAAUGUUGGACACCAAAUGCAGAAGCGGUUCUUCCCCAAACUGCUGCUGAGAUUUAUAUUGAACCAAACGUUGGUUGAAGGUAGGUUGACAUAUUCUACCUUUUUUCAGACUUUUUCAAUCAGGUGACAAAAAUCGCGUAAGAAGGCAUCGAAAUUCUAGUUGUAAGUCGGCCGGUAAAAUAGGGGUAUCGGGUCGUCGCACGCCAAACUGAGACAAGCUUAAAACAGUCCGGUGAAUGGAUCGGCCAUUUGCCAAAAAAAGACGCGAAAAAACGUUUUGUCGGGGAAGAAAUGGGGAAUUUUUGGGGCGAGAGAGUACGUUUUUGCGUAUCUUUUUUCUGCCUUCUCUGCGAAAUCAAGACGAAGUGUAAAAAACCGAUAGCGAAGAGUCUAUUCCGGUCACCGGACUCCUCAGUUUGACGUGCGUCGCGCCUUUGAAUUUGCCCAUCAUUUCUUUUUGACGGCUAGCCGCAGCCGGAGAUUUGGUGCUCGAUUGCACUUGGGAUGUUUUAUACGAUGAAACAUGUUUUUGAUAGGGAAGUACCCGAAGUGCGACGCCUAGGUUUUGCUUUCAUAUUUUGUAUGCACUUCGGGCGUAUACUAUUACGCUUUUUCAAAAGUGCAGACACAUUUUGUCGUGGGCCGCACCGUGCACAAAAAUCCCUUUUGCGGGGUGCAUUUUUUUCCGCCUUUUUUUCGGACCGCACAGUGCAAGUUUCGUGUUCCCCGCGCGACGCGAUCCUUUUCGAAACAUUUUGCACUGUGCAAUUUCUAAAAAUUCGCGCCGGCUCCGUUGAGAAAAGCCUACGUCGCUGCGACAUUGCAAUUGCACGGUGCAAAAGGUCAAAUGCACCCCGCAAGAAGGCAAUUUUGUGCACAGUGCGGCCCACGACAAAAAGUGCACGCACCUUCUGGAACGACUAGUAGCACGUAUCAUGUCCUGAAAGCCUUAGCUUUUGCGCUAUCUGAAAUCAGAAACCUUUUCUUGCAAAAAAAAACGGUAGCAGUAAAGCCGAAAUUUUUUAUUUUGUGUCUGUCAGUCUGUCGGGAAAAUAAUGUGGUCUCGUCGUACCUUGGAAUCGCCCAUUACCGCUUUGGGAUGGCUAGCCGCGUCUGGAGAUUCUAUGCGCGGCUGCGACGAGGCGAGAGAUCUUUUCCGCGAUGAAUCCACAUUAUUUUCCCGACGACAUGACAAGACAUUUCAAUAAACUGCAUGUCCCUUCAAAACAUUCUAGGCUGGGAGCCAAUGGAUCUGCAGGGCCGCAACUACUUCUACAACAACUUCAAAGCCAUUGGAGACCCGGACAAUUACACAGUCGUUAUAAAGCCGCACUACGUCAAAGGCGAGAUCUAUCAUCAGGCGGCGGUCGACUUCUGGUGGAGGGACUUGGCCGAGCUGCACAAACAUGACCUUCGCCAUCUGCAUUCAACACCCCCACCGCCUGCACCAUCUCCGGUUGUUGUGGAGACCACCGGCGUUCCCUGGUACAUAUUCUUGAUCGUGAUCGUGAUUGCGUUGGUGCUGGCGUUGGCAUUGCUGGUUAUUGUCGGGGUUUCGUUUGUUUGGAAGGCGAGACGGGUGUAUAAAAGUGACAAAGAGAUGAAGGAGACAGAGAAAGGUGAUGGAACAAAUAACUCAGGCAAUGCGGAGCGCAAUGAUGUAUAA